CACUGCUGGGCACUGACUGGCGGCACUGACUGGCACAACCCCUGGGCACUGACUGGCAGCACUGCUGGGCUGCACUGGUGGGUGGCACUGGUGGGCAGCACUGGUGGGUGGGCACAGGUGGGUGGCACUGGUGGGCACAGGUGGGUGGCACUGCUGGGCACAGGUAGGUGGCAUUUCUGGGCACAGGUAGGUGGCACUGCAGAGUGGCACAGGUGGGUGCACUGCUGGGCACAGGUGGGUGCACUGCUGGGCACAGGUGGGCGGAACUUGCGGGUGGCACUGCUGGGCACCGAUCAUCAGCGCACUGAUCAUCAGUGCCCUGAUGAUCGGUGCCGAUCCCCGCUGUGACAACUGCCGGUCCUCGGCAGUACUUUCCUCACGAUCUGACAGCGUGAGGAAAGUGCAGCCGAGAACCGACACUUGCAU